CUUCGCUGUUGCUGGCUUUUUCAGGAGCUGCUCGCUCGCAGCCCGAGACGCUGCUGCUUUUUUUUUUUUUCCGGGUUCGGAGCCAUUCCGGAUGCUUUAGGCUGCCGGAUGUCUGAUCUCCGGAUAACUGAGGCGUUUCUGUACAUGGAUUAUCUGUGUUUUCGAGCGCUGUGCUGCAAGGGACCACCGCCUGCGCGCCCUGAGUAUGACUUGGUUUGCAUAGGUCUCACGGGCUCCGGGAAGACUAGUCUGUUGUCCAAGCUCUGCAGCGAAAGCCCGGAGAACGUCGUGUCGACCACAGGUUUUAGUAUAAAGGCAGUGCCAUUCCAGAAUGCUGUUUUGAAUGUAAAAGAACUUGGAGGAGCUGACAAUAUCCGGAAAUACUGGAGCCGCUACUACCAAGGAUCUCAAGGGGUAAUAUUCGUAUUAGACAGUGCCUCUUCAGAGGAUGACUUAGAAACUGCUAGGAAUGAACUGCACUCCGCUCUCCAGCACCCACAGCUAUGCACUUUACCCUUUUUGAUAUUGGCCAAUCAUCAAGACAAGCCAGCAGCUCGCUCAGUACAAGAGAUCAAAAAGUAUUUUGAACUUGAACCACUGGCACGUGGAAAGCGCUGGAUUCUACAGCCCUGCUCUCUGGAUGAUGUGGACACACUGAAGGACAGCUUCUCCCAGCUCAUAAACUUGUUAGAAGAAAAAGACCACGAGGCAAUGAGAAUGUGAGACCUGACACAGAAGUUCCGGGAAAGCCUUGAACCCACCGUGUUCGUUCCCCAUCCUGAUUCCAUGUUGGUAUCGAGACUGGCCCGGCUUCGGUAUCUACUUGCCUCUAGCUAUUUCAGACUUUCAUCUCUCUGUUAACGUGACUAUUCUGAUAAGUCAGGUGGAUUAUCAUCGGCAUUAACGUCAAGUACACACUACUGAGAGAGAAUUGAUUCUCUGGUUACCACUAAUUAUCUUCACCGCAUGUCUCUUCUUCCUGUUGGUCUAAGAAUCUUUUCUCUGCUUUGUGCUAACAUGGAUGGAACUCAGAGAAAUGAGACCCGUUCUGAAGACCUCAGAAAGGCUCAUGUGGCUUCAUUAACUUUUCUGGACUUGGGAUCGGAGGAUUCGAUCUGAGACUCCACACGAUGUAUACGCCAUUGAUAUUUCCGUGAUCUCUUAGGGGUUGGAGUUUUUUUACAUUUUAUUUUAUCUCAUCUGGUUUUCAUAUUAUUUUCUUGUGUGUGUGAGGAUAUUGACUUUGUAGGCUGAGUGAAAAAUGGCAGCCCAAAACUUCACCCCAUCAUCUUCUCUGGCUCUGAAAAACUCUAGAAAGUAGACCUGGAAGAAUUGCUUGAUCCUGCCUGCAACCGUGUCGCCUGCCUUAGGAGGGGGGCAUCCUAGCUAAGGGAGUAGGAACCAAUUUAGGCAAGAACAGGCAUCACUGAUUUGAAUCUGAACUUCUCAAAUAUUUUUUAGCGUCAUUGGUCUGCAUAAAACCAAGCUGCAACAUAAGCAUUGGCCUUUCCUAGAAAUCAGAAAUGUUUGAAUGAAAUCUGGAAAAUGGCUUUUCAAAUAAUAAACAUAGCAGCCAAAGUCUAAUUCACGGUUAGGACUUAAGCUGGCAUGGGUUUGAUGAAGCUCAAAAAGGAACCCCGUUAUUUAUUCAUCAAAGGGUAAUGUCACUUAGGGGAGUGUGCUCAUUGAGUUGUUAAAGGUCUGUCAGUACUUUUAUUAUAAACCUCUAUUUUCAGGGGUGUCAAUGUGCCCUUAGAGUAUGCUGGGCUACAGCAGAUAAAUAAACUCAGUCUGAAACUAAUUUUUUUCCACUUAAUUUAAAUGAUAAAAUUGCCUAGAGUAAAAUGUACAGUUUUAGUAAGAUUUAGCACCUUUGACCUUUUUAAAAUCAGGAUUAAUCUAUGAAUAUUCAGGUUCAUAGAUGAAAUAUCCUUUGGAAUAUCUUGUAGACGCUUGACCACUCAUUAAAAUACUAAGUGGCCAAAUGAUAGAAAACUGCUCCCUAAGCCCAAGCAAUAAAAACACAUGUCUGUCAUUUUUAGGUAGUAUAGACUGAUACCCAGAUGCCACAGACGUAAUGCCAUAUUUAUCACAGGGUGACAGGAAACCUUGUGACUCUCCAGAGGAGAGUCCUCAGAACCCUGCACAGUGCUCAAAUGCAGUAUUUGUGAUUUCAUCUUGUAAAUUGAUUUUAAUAAAAAAGACCCCACACUUCUUUAAGCAUAUAUAUAUAUAUAUAUAUAUAUAUAUAUAUAUAUAUAUAGCAUGGACCAGCGAAGGACCCAUGAUAAUUCAUUUUGUCUAAAGUAUCCUUGAAUAUUUUUAAAACUGUGUGACGAUGAUCCACAGGCAGCACAAACCUUUAAUCCACAUGAGCAGUUACACAA